CAACAAAAUGACGGAUAAACCUGGUUCCGCAGAAGAUACAAUUGAAAUGGAUGACACGUGCUCUCCGCAAUUUGUUCAGGAAGUCAAUCGAAUAAAGAGUCAAAUUAAAAGUCUCGUUGAAGAAAACCACACAAGAAAAUUUUUUCGACCUCUUACGUCGAAUAUUGGCGACGAGACGGCGAUUUUACGGAUUCAAUUCAAUAAUAUGAUGAGUAAAAUGGAAGAAAAAGAAAAACAAUCUUUAGUGAAAGAGCUAAUAAAAAUGGUUCAUCACGUGGCGGAAAAGAACUCUCCUGAUCGAGUUUUUGUUGGAACAAACUACGAACGUGUCGUAGAUCAGCUUCUCCGAUAUGCUCAUCAAAAAGGUGCGAUUUCAACGAAUCUGUGCGCAGAAGGACUCAUAAUGACUUCGGACUUCCGAUUAUGCAGUAGAAUAUGCCAAGAAAAAUGGAAAUUCAUCAAUGAUUGCAUUCCAAAAAUCGAUUACAAAGGAAUUCGGAAUAUCCUCCGAUAUAUUCUGGAAUCACAGCUCCGUCGCCUACCGUAUUCACUAUCUCCGGAGCAAGUAAACGAAAUCCGCAUUGUUGAGAAUGUAAUACUGCAUAUUGUGGAUAGAGACUCCAAUUUGAUGCCUCCACUCAUCACAUUAUCAGAAAUUAUGAGAGGAAUGCCGAAACAGGCGCUUAUGCUGCCGAGACUAACGGAGAAACUGGCAAGCUUAUCCGUCCAUUUCCGACCAAUUGCCGACCUAUCCCACGUGUGUGGCCGUGGAUUCGUUUACCCCAUUCCACUACAUCCAUCAUUCUAUCCAUUAACAUCGUGUUGGGAAGAACAUGGAUUAAAUGCCAGUAAUACAAUUGUUCAACCUCAUCAUACACUUCCAUAUCGUCCUGAACAUACUUCUACAUACUUGUACACCCUCUACAUGAUUCUUCGUCAGCCAUUGGGAAAGGACUCGCUUCAUCCUCCGAGCAAAACGAAGACAAAGACAAAUUGGGAAAUGUUGAUAUCUGUAAUGAUAUGUGAAUCAAUGGCCGAAGCAGAAUCUCUACCGGAAACUGAGCCAAUUCCACGAUAUCAAUGGGACAAUAUUGUUAAUAUUGUUAUUUAUGGGAUUACACAACAUUUAUUAGUCCCAAAAACAUUCUUCAAUGUUCUCAAAAAUUUGAUAAAACGAUGCAAGUACACACGGGCUCGCGACGAAGUUAUGUGGAUCGUUUUUCAAGUUGUCGGCUCUCUGUCUAAUUUAACACGACUCGAUGAUGCGGUGACUGAAAUUGUUGAGCUGUACAAUGAGCUGUUUGAUGGAGAUGUUGUUUGGAUGGGUGCAUCGGAUCAUCCCGCGUUGUUUGCAAGGUUUCUUGCUGCAGCUGGUACUUGGAUGAUUUUGGAGAAAGAUUUCGCCGACAAAAUGCCACCGGCCAAUGAGACAAUUAAAUCGCAUAUCAAGUUUAUUCAAGACGGUGUUGAUAAUUUCGAUUCAAGCAACACUGCAAUGUUGGCGGUUCUGUCGAAUAUUUUUCUAGAUCGAACGGAUACAAAAAUGGGAAAACUGAUCGUUCCAACACUUCAACAAAUGCUCGAAUCAAUUGAUGACACUAAAUCGCUAUUUGAACUAUCCUACAAAAGAAUGGCUGUCAACUGUUUCUCAGCAUUUCCAGUAGAAUUCAUGGAAGCAUUGACGUUCCGAUCGAAGAAAACUCUGUUAAUUCAAUGUUUCCAACCACUUCGUUCAUUUUCAACAGUUCGUCUUCCAAGCCCUGCGGUAUUUGAAACUGUAGCGAAGAUUUGUGAAUCAGAAGAUUAUGAGAUGGCUGUAAAGGAUAUGGAACAUUUAGCACAAAGAUCUCUUCACGUGGCAACUGCUGCAGAUAGAUCAUCUGGUGAACAUCAGAACGUCCAAGCAAAAGAUCAAUGUUACUUCCUAUUCGAUUUUCUCGUCUACCGACUUCCCCACCUACAUGCCUAUUCAAAAUAUUCAUCAACAGUGAAUGCACUAUCAUACUUCACUCAACACAUUCCGAAUAAUCCACAAAACCAUCAAAUCUACCGUCUCAUGGAGCAAUUUCUAAUGCGAAGAUGGUGCUGGGCAGGAUUUCACGGAUGUAUUACGGCACACACUCAGAUGUUCGGAACGAGUUAUAAGGAUAAUACAAUGAUGAGACAUAUGGCCUAUCCGAAGACGUUCUCUGUGCCCGAUCAAUAUCCAUUUGCGAUUAAUCCGGAGAUUUUUAAAAUGGCGAUUUAUAGUUUCUUGAGAGCUGUUAAGAUUACGGCACAAGACAUUGCUAUCGAGAAGACUAUGUUUCCAACUAUUAUUAAUGGAUUCGGAUGGCCUGAAAAAUCAACAUCAUACUUUCCAAAGUGGGCACUAGAUGCAAUUAAAGCCUCGGACACCUCGAACGCAGUGAACACUGAGGAAAUUCUAUCAGAUGUCCGUAACACGGCACGAAUGCACACAUCAUUAACACCAAAUCAAUUUGUGAUCAGAUAUGGCGAGGAUAGAGAUCCGGCGACAUCUCAUUGUAUGCUGGCUGUUUUAUUUCAUUUUGCAUAUAAUUCGGUUGAUUCUACGUAUAAUAUCACUUCAGAGUUUUAUGAAGUAAUGGAAAAGAAGACACCAAAAGAAAUUGUUGUAAUGGGAAACUAUCUGGUCGAUUAUAUAAUUGCUGAUGCAAAAACUCAAGAUUGCAACGAGAAGACUUUUAAGAAUAUAGCAAAAGCCGCUGCCCUCUUGGUAUUCCAGUUCCAAGUUCUGCGUGCUGACCGACUUCUACUCUCACUAAUAAUGCAUCCAGCUACAGAUGAGGAUGCGUUGAUAUGUAUUCAAAUCGCAAAUGAAUUCAUUUUAACACCAGAAUUUCAGGAACGAAUCCGCUGGUAUCAUCAAAAUGUUCCGAAAAAGGACCACUUUCCAACUGAAUACAUCAAAGCAAUCGUGAAAUAUCACGACGCAUUCCCGGAAUUUGAAGCUUGCGAACUUGUACGAUCAUAUGAUUCAUCGUCGAAUGUUCAUAUGCCUACGUACUAUGGUUGUCUUAUUGAACGACUUCUUCCGAUUAUGGAUCAAUAUCUACAUGUAGCAUUGGAACAACAAGGAUAUAAGCUUAAUCCUCAGAUACUUCAAUCUGUGUCAAUGCUCUACAAGUUCCAUGCAAUGCCGAUUCAUUUCAUGUAUUCCGUACUUUUCACUUCUCAUGGACUCAUGUCGGGUCCUGACGCGAAAUCCUUUGUUCUUGCAUUCGCUACACAGAUUGAAGAGUGCCAUUUGACGGAAGCUUUCGAGAAAUUCAAUCAUCAGAAAUCGUCUCGUGAACAACUAAUAAUGGAGUUGAUUGAUCGAAUGUCGGCUAGCUUGGACUUUAUUCUAACACCUCCACCAUUCGUGGCUAAGGACUGGAAAAUUGCGGAACUGAGUCCAGGAGCACAGACUCUUUAUUUGGCUUGUAUUGAGCUAAUGGCGAGCCCACAUUCACCGGAGACCCUCGUCGCCGCAAUGAUCAACGUAAUGCAAAUGAAACCACACGCUCGUCCAUUCAAUAUUGUUAAUCUGACAGCACUUCUUCUCACUGCUCUACCCGCAGCAUAUUCAAAUGCAUUACACGAUGAAUUUGUAGCAGUUUUUGUGAACGGAGAAACUGCCAAUUUAAAGUUCGAGGAAAUUGUAUUCGACAACUAUGAGGAGAGCCUAUUGUUGAAUUUGCCCAAUCGAGCACGUACAAUUAAUGUGAUAUCGCAACAAUAUUGGUUGCAUUGUAGUUUGUCUCUUCUCAAUUUCUUCUCCCACGAAUACGUCCCUCGAAUUCUGGAGCACGUAAAAACUGAGAAGGACCUCUGGUACACACUUCGCCUCGUCAUGCCAUACCUCCGUCGCUACUAUGAAAAUUGGGACACUGCCAAGCAAAUGAGAUCACAACGCGAAAAUUUCGGACCUCUUCACAUUGUGAAGCUUGUCUUCCAAAAGUUGGGAUCAAUGGCCGAAGAAGGUGUUGAAAUUGUGUACGAGCAGCACCUGUGUGAUUUGUUCUACAAUUGCAAAUAUUUCUUCGCCGGAGACUUUUUGAGGAAUACGGCGAUCACUGAAUUCGCAAAGCUUCCCGAAAAAAUGAGAGAUCGUCUCAAGUUCUAUGUGUCUCAAUCAGAACCAACUGCAGAGCAGGAAACACCACCGGAAAAGGAAAAAUCACCGGAAAAAGAGAAGGAGCAGGAACAAGAGCAACAUGUCAAAGCUCACCAACCUCUCGAAUCAACACCUUCCGUUUCCUCACUACCGCAAAUGCAACAUCAUCUACAACAAGCACCACUACUACCAUCACAUCAAAUGAUGCCUCCACCACAACAACAUUCAUCCUCACUUCAACAUCAUCUACAACAUCAUACAUCUACACAUCAAAUGAUGGAUACAUCACAACAUCAGACAAUUCAACAACAAUCAAAUCAUCCUACUCAACAACAACUUCAACAUCAAAUUCCGAAUAUGUCGAUGCAUCAACAAAUGGGACCUCAAUAUCCUGGUGCAGUUUUUCAUCAUCCAUCUGGACCUGUGGGACAUGUCCCAAUGCAAUAUGGAAUGGGACAUCAUAUGCAACAGCACCCACAUCUUCCACAUCAUCAGCAAAUGCCGGCACCUAUGCAUACAAUGAAUCCUAUGAUGCAAAACAUGACUCCUCAACAGCAAUAUCUCUACAUGCAACAACUUCAACAACAUCAGCAACAUCAACAGUACAUGCAACAGCAACAACAGCAUCACCAUCAACACCAACAGCAACCUCAUUAAUUUUUUUUCAUAAUUUACCUAGUUUUUUACAAUUUACCAUCAUAUAUUUGAAAAAUCUCACUGAUUACGGUUAUGUACAUAUAUUUAUUAUUGUUUAUAGUUUUUUACUUCAAAAUUUUCAUAAAAUUUUAUUUUUCUUA